AUGAGUGUAUGUGGAUUUGCACUAGCGCUUCAGCUUCUGGUGUUUGAACUCGUGCCUGGGCUGCGGGAGAAGCUGAAGAAUCCCGACGAGUUCCCAAUGUUGCUUGAUCAUCCAAAUGAUUCAAUUCCGAGACAGUGGUCUUUAAGUUUAGAGGUAUGUUCACUACUUGAUGUAGACUCACAAUUAUUUGAAAAGGAAAGUUGGGGUAAAUGGGAUGACGAGAGAAAUGAUAGCCGUGGGAGACGACUUGGCAGUAGUCCAGUGAGACGUUCCUCGCAUUUAGGGAGUCUUGCUGCCAGGGGAAGAAGUUGCCAAUCCCCACCUGGGGUCCACAUAAGUGGUGUAGUGGGCGAUGAAGUGUUUACCCCUUCCUGGAAGCAGAACAAGGGAAGUAGUGUGGAAUGUGGUGGACGUGUUUCUCCUGCUAAGGUAGGAGAUAUGUUAUGCGUAGGUGUUGAGGAGGCGGAUGAUAUAAUGGCAGGUGUACUUAAUGAUAUCCGCAGCCUGGUUGAGGUUGGCGUUAGCAAAGGGGGUGGUGGGCAGAGAUUUGAGAACUCUAAGGAGAAAGCAGUUGUAACUUUCGAUAGACCUGUUGAGGAGAAGAGUCAGAACACAGCAGAGGAGGCUAACUUGAUAGAAAGGGAGUUGGGAUUUAAUAAGGUUGUUGGGAAUAUUGUUGAGGAGCAUUGCGAGCAGCGUGGGAGAGUUGUGAGUGAUGUGGGUGAGGACUUCAGUGUAGAGACGAUUGCGGAUGGAGAAGACUUGGGGGAGAACAUUAUGGAUGAGGACAUCGUUGUAGAGACGAAUGCGGAUGGAAAAGACCAGGUGGACAAUGUAUUGGUUGAAGACGUGGUAGUGCAAUCGAAGACAGAUGGACAUGAAGAGAUAGACACUGGCGAGCGAAGGAGAGAUUUGGGUGAGGACGUCAUUGGUGACUUGAUGCCGGAAGGACACGAUGAGAUGGACAGCGAGAAGGUGGGCGAGAAGCCUGACCCGUUGAGCGAGGAUAAGGGAGAACCUGUAGAGAAAGUGGAGACGAUGGGGGGUCAUGAGCAGCACGAAGCCACCUCCGCUGAAGUGGGUGUAAGGCAUGAUGCUGUUAAAGAGGACCCAAAAAAGCAGGGGAAUAAGAAGCGUAAAGAGCCGCUGUCUGAGGAUCCCCAUGAUCUGGCUGGUGCAUUGAAGCAGAAGAAGAGGCAGCCAUUAGAUACUCCAAUUCGCGAGUUGGAUGCAGAUGUUUAUAAGUUGUUUGAACAUACACAUAUGAUGGCCGGUGCCGUGAAACACGUAACGAAGCCUAGGUAUGCGUUUAACAACAAUUUCCUCUUUGCAUAUGGAGGUCCUGAUGGGGUGGCUGUCGUCGAAGAAGUUGAAGACACCGAGACUGUAUACAUGCCCAUGUGUUGGGCGGACGAGCAUUGGGUUGGGUUGGCUAUUAAUCUCAGUUUCGGUCACAUUGAGGUUUUGGAACUGUACCCUCCCUUGAGAACCGAUGAAGAGGUGGUAUGGUGGAUGAGCCCAAUUUGCGUAAUGCUGCCGUAUGCCGUGAAAAGUCUUUGUCCACAGACGUCGCAGCUCAGUGGGGUUAGACCAUACAGGUGGACAAGAGUAGGCGAUAUUUACUUGAACAAAAGAUCUGGCGAUUGUGGCCUCGUGGCUGUCAAAUUUAUGGAACUGCAUGUAGCAGGAGAUCCGUCGCCUCACAUGUUCGGCCUUACUGACGAGAUAAUGGAUAACUUUAGGAAGCAGUUUGCUAUGGACCUUUACAGGGAUUUAGUUGUACCCCUGUAUUGUUGUAAGGUGUAG